AUGGCUGCAGCGAUCGCCAGCUCCCUGAUCCGCCAGAAGAGACAAGCCAGGGAGCGGGAGAAAUCCAAUGCUUGCAAGUGUGUCAACAGCCCCAGCAAGAGCAAGGGCAGCUGCGAGAAGAACAAGCUGAAUGUGUUCUCCCGGGUCAAACUCUUCAGCUCCAAGAAAAGACGGAGAAGGCGACCAGAGCCACAGCUUAAAGGAAUAGUAACAAAACUGUACAGCAGGCAAGGCUACCACUUACAAUUGCAAGCAGAUGGAACAAUUGAUGGGACAAAAGAGGAGGACAGUAGUUAUACUUUGUUUAACCUCAUACCCGUGGGCUUACGAGUGGUGGCUAUUCAAGGGGUUCAAACAAAAUUGUAUUUGGCAAUGAACAGUGAAGGAUACCUAUACACAUCAGAACAUUUCACACCUGAAUGCAAGUUCAAAGAAUCAGUAUUUGAAAACUACUAUGUGACGUAUUCCUCAAUGAUCUACAGACAGCAACAGUCUGGCCGGGGUUGGUAUCUGGGUCUUAACAAAGAAGGAGAAAUAAUGAAAGGAAACCAUGUGAAGAAAAAUAAACCUGCAGCACACUUUCUUCCAAAACCCUUAAAAGUGGCCAUGUACAAAGAACCUUCUCUUCACGAUCUCACAGAAUUUUCAAGAUCUGGAAGUGGGACCCCGACAAAAAGCAGAAGUGUUUCAGGAGUGUUAAAUGGAGGGAAAUCCAUGAGUCAAAAUGAAUCAACGUAG